GAUCGCCCCCCUCCGCCCCCCGGGGACUGUCCCUUUAAGAGCGGGGCGGGCUCCAGCUCGCGGGUGCAGUCCCGGCCCCUUGCCGCGCGGGGGGCCCCGGCCCGGCCCCGUGUUCUCCCGCCCGGAGCCUCCUUUCUCGUCAUCACGGCUGCCUUGUGGCGCUGCCAGUGCCUGCCUGCCUGGCAAGUCAAAACAUGCUCCGGCCCCAGUGGACUAACAGCAGAAGAUGGCAGAGCUGCCGGAGGUCGGGGAGGCUUUGCGGGAGGGCAGUUUUGUGACUGCCGCACUUGAGGGCUGCCGCCUUGCAGGCAACAGGCUGAACCUGGAUGUGUACCCCGAUGGCUGUUGCCAGUUCCUUGAGCUGUUUGAGAAACGAAGGGAAGAGAUGGCCCAGGUGGAAUUCCUGCGGCUGAACUGCAAUGAUGCUCUCAUAGACUCCACGCUGGGCAGCCUUCCUGUCCUGAAGUGCCUGAAGUCCCUGGUGCUCAAAGGUGGGCAUACCCAGGAUGAAUUUGGUGCUUGUCAGCAGGGUUCCCUGACAACCUUGCCACAAGAUUUUGGGAGUCUGCUAUGUCUCGCGCAUCUGGAUCUCAGCUUUAAUAGCUUCUCCAGUUUGCCCAGCUGCGUCACUGACCUCGCCAGCCUCCGUGUGCUCUUGGUGUGCCACAACAGCCUGGUGGAGCUGCCUGAAGACUUUGGCCGGCUCAGUAAGCUGACUUUCUUCUCUGCCAUGAAAAAUCAGCUCCGGGAUCUACCACGGAGCAUCGGGGAGCUGGCAGCGCUGCAGAGACUGGACCUGUCUGAAAACGCCCUGCAAUCACUUCCCAAUGAGAUCGGGUGUCUGUAUAACUGCAUGGAGCUGGAUCUCUCAGGGAAUCAAUUGAUGGGUGUCCCCGACUCACUUGCCAAUUUGCAGUCUCUGCAGCAGCUGCGUCUUCACAGCAAUCUCCUGGUGACAGUCCCCGCAUCCCUUGCCAGCCUUCCCAACUUGUCCAGGCUUGACUUGCAGAACAACAGGCUCCGCUCCAUCCCCCCAGAGAUCCAGCACUCUCCCUUCGUGCACCUGCGGGGCAAUCCGCUAGGAGAACCUGAGAUCCCUCUGCAAUCUGAUGAAUCCAGCUCAGGAGAGCUAGGAAGAGUGUUCCUUGUUCCCAGUGAGGACAGCUUUACUGUGACUCCUGAUGGCUGCAAAGUCAUCCUGGCCUGCGGCAUCCAGUUUUACUUUCCCCCGGGUGCUGCCACCUCCUCAGUAACGAUCCAUUUCCAAACGCUGUCUCCUGACCCGCAGUGGGUGAAACUGAGGCACCAUGACAUCCUGCUGAGUGAAGUCCUGGAGCUGCAGCCUCAUGGGGUUGUAUUCCAGCAGGAGGUGCAGAUCUGGAUGCCUUACACCUCCCCUCAGACGCUGCGUGAGCGAGAAGUGGUAGUUCGGACCUUCAACGGGCAAAGCUGGAGCGACCUGCAAACCAAGGUGGAGCGGAGAGGAAAGCCGAAGAAGCACAUGGCUUGCUGUAGCAUCCCCCACUUCUCCUGGUUCCUGGUCGUCUCUCGGCUCGUGGAGAAUAAAUGCAGCGUCCCAUCAGAGGGGACGUUGCUCUUUUCCACUGUGGAUCCAAGCAUCAAAGUGACCUUCCCUCCUGGAGUCACGGAGGAGACUCGGAGCGUCACAUUGCAGGUGUUGCCGGUGUCAGCAGAGGAGCUGGCAGAGAUCACAGAUGAUCCAGAGUCCAGAGCUGGUCCCCUGCUCUGUCUCUCUCAGAAUUCCACUGUGGAUUUUCUCAGGCCAAUUAAAAUUCAGCUCCCGCUACCUCCAGGGGUCACAGGUCUCACCCUAGAUCGCUCCAGGCUGCAUCUUCUUCACGGCAACCUACAAGCCCAAACCUGGGAUGACAUCACCAAUCAGGUGGUUCUGGAGUUCACCCACCUCUACGCACGGUUUGAAGUCACCCACUUCUCCUGGUACUGGCUAUGGUAUACCACCAAGACCUACGUCGGCGGCAUCGCCAGGAAGGUGUACGAGAGGCUGCGCCUGUACCAGGUGAACUUCAUAGCGCUGCAGAGGAAGAAGGACCCAGAGCAAGUCUUGCUGCAGUGUGUCCCCAAGCACAAGGUCGAUCCUGUUCUGGGAAAGCUUCAUGACCGCUACCAGGGCCCGGAGCCCUCUGACAUUGUGGAGUUGUUUGAGGGAGAGCAGUUCUUUGCGGCCUUCGAGCGAGGCAUCAACAUCGAUGCCGACCGCCCAGACUGUGUGGACGGACGGAUCUCAUUCAUCUUUUACUCCCACUUGAAGAACAUGAAGGAAAUCUAUGUGACCGCUGAAGUGGACAGGAAAGGCCAAGCGGUGAGAGGGCAGGUCUCCUUCUAUCGUGGCGAAGUUCCAGACAAUGUCCCUGAAGAUGCCACCAAGAAGAGGAAAGGGCCUGACUCCCACUGGCUGGCUACUCUGCCAAUCAAACUGCCUAAACUGAAAUCCCUCUCGGGUGAUCAUUCAGAGCCCAAGAACGGCUUCUCCUUCCCUCCUCUGAACCUGGGGAAUGCCGAGACCGGCUACCUGACACAAGCUAAUCUGCUUGUCAUCGCCAGGCGCAUUGGAGCCGACUGGCAAACUAUUGGCUUGAACCUGGGGCUGCCCUAUCAGCAGAUCGAACGAAUAGGAUACAACCACAGGGAGGACCUGGAUAGUCAGAUCCUGAACAUGCUUUUCUCCUGGGCCCAGCAAAACUCUGAGGACCAAAACUGCGUGGGGAAGCUGAUCACAGCCAUGAAGGAGAGUGGCCGCCAGGACAUUGCGGAUGAGAUUGAAACUGUCAUUGAGCUGGGAAGGCAGAAAUACAGGGCGUCCAUCCGCCGGGUGGGCCUGGACCAGGAGAGCAGCACUGAAGACUCUGCGAUAGCCAUGGUGUAGCAGCCAGCAGAAGGAACUCUGCUUCUUACUGUGGUCUCCAACCCAUCUCAUAAUGGGCCUGAACUAAAGAUAAUAGGAGUCUUUCCAUGGAGACUCCCAAAAGACAUUGGAAUCCCUCUCCUUAGGAGACCAACUUGAAUGGCAUAGACUGAAUCCUGGGAGCAAUACUUGAAGGCAUACCGUCAACUUGAAAAAUCACAGUUCUAUCUAAAAUUCUUAUACCUACUAUGACCAUUGCAGCUGGAAGAAGUUAGCAAAAACCACUGAUUUCUCUGGGGGUAGGUUUUUAGCCUCUUUGUGCAUCAUCACUUUCACUGUUUCUACCUCAGAGUCAGUUUGAUUUGCUGAGAAGACUUAUAAAUAUUAACAAGGAGGCAGAAAAAACAUUAAUCUUUUUUUGAAGGAAAUUUUUUUUAAUCUCCUUUAAUAUAUUGAAUGCUAAAGUUUAAACACUAACCAGUGGGAAUUAGGAGAAAACUUCCCCCCAGGGUGAAAUUAUUCCAUAAUUGUCCACUUGGGUUUCUUGUAUCUCUUUCUGAAGCAACUGAUACUAGCCAGUGUCAGAGACAGGAUGGUGGGCUAGGUAGACCAGUGGCUUGAUGUGAUAUAGUCAAUGCUACUUUAUUCUAUAGAAAUUGAAAUUUUGUUAUUGUUUGGUGGUGUUUGUAUUAAGUAGCACUUACGCCCCCAACUGAGAUCAAGCACUGUACAAACUCGUAAGAAGAGCUUACAAUCUACACAGACAAG